AUGCAUCUUUCCACCUCCGCUGCUGCCAUCCUCGCGCUGUCCCUAGCCGGGCCAACAAUGGCCGGACGACCGUACUUCUGCCCUCUAGCUCUGGACGCCAAAUUCCUCCAAGUCCCAUACUGCUGUGAGGGAUUUGUUCCGGCGCGGGACUCCAAGGUCUCGUUUGAGGGAGUCAAUUGUAUUGAUGUCUCGAGUGAUGAAGACUUCGUGAAGACAUGUCCCAAGGGUGGGACGCCAAAGUGCUGCUAUUCGAUUGGACCGAAGGUUAUCUGCACGACUGAGGUUGGUGAUGGCGUUGACAAGUAG